AUGGCACAUGGAUCCACGAACCGGAGUUGGGACGUACCGGCAAAAGACGACGUUUGGGAAUUCCAGGAGAUCGCUCGCAUCGUAGGGCAGUCCGGGCGCAUGGGAGCUGACGAUCAGUCUGAGGCGGCAUGGAACUCAUUCGUGCACAGCAGUAUCCUUGAACUUGCAGUAGAGUUCACGCAAGACGUCCGCUGCGAGAACGUUACCACCGCUCGCAUCGGGCAUAAGUUUAAGCCACUGGGAAUCGCCGCGGGUAGCAGCGCUAGUAGGAAGCUUCUCUCCAAGAUGGUCGAUUUUGCCAUCGUCAUCCACCCAGCUCUGCAUUCGAAACCUCAACAGUCCAUAGACAAGGCGCUGGGUGGGCAGCCUAACGAUAUGCAGAUGAUCAACCAGAGCAGUGCUGCGUGUCUCAAGAGCUUCCCUUCAGGCGUCCACAUCGAGACGAAGAAAAAGGACACUGCGAGCUGUGGACGUAUCCAGCUCGGAGUCUGGAUAUCAGCCUUGUAUAAGAGGUUCUUUACGCUUUUCGGCGACGACGUGCAGAUCCCGUCCAUUUCGCUUCUGGUCGCAAAGGGCUCGAGGUGGGAGAUGAUGAUGGCUUGUCACACCGGAGAAGGUGCCACUACUAUCGGCCCGGUCGACAUUGGCCAUACCGAUGACAUCGAGGAUUGCUAUGCUCUGCUAGCAAUUCUUAGGGCGCUCGUACACUGGAUGGAUACGACAUUUCGGAGGUGGAUUCUCGACCAACUUGAUCGAGUUAACGGCGACGGUAAACAGGGGAGUAAAACCAGAGCCUACAGUAUUGGGUUUAAUGACGUAUUCGAGGACCUGGAAGUUGAAAGUUGA